AUGACUGGCGUAGUUGCUAUUGGGGUUGUAGCUGCUAUCCUGGCCAAUGCUUUGCAGGCUCUAGGAUUGGUCUUUCAACGGAAAGCUGAGUGCAUUGUGCUGUUUCAAUGUGCGGCAGAUGAUCCACACGGAUUGAUAACGGUGCCACCACGCCGGCUAGUGUACAAGAACACGACAUGGAGGCUCGGAUUCUGUCUGUUCCUUGUUGCAAAUCUCUUCGGUUGCGUCAUCCAGAUUGCGACAUUGCCCUUGUUAAUAUUGGCUCCAUUGCAGGCUUCUGGAUUAGUUUUCAAUUCUCUGUUUUCUCAUUUGAUAUUGUACGAGCCGUUUCCCAUCUUUCCCACGCUAUUGGUGUGUUUCGGUGGCACCAUCAUGGCGUCGAUGUCGUGCAUGUUUGUUAACACUCCUCUGACGCACACUUUUCAAGAAUUGUUGGAAUUGGCUGGAUCUGAGACCUUCGUGCGCUAUUUUGCAUUAACAAACACGCUAGCUUGUCUUUCCCUCGUGAUAGGCUUUGCUGCAAGGCGUAAAGGCAUUAAGGGGUUCUCUUUGGUGUUUGCCAGUGGCAUAUGGUCCGCUCACGCAUUGCUCAUUGCAAAAUGCGUAUCAGACGUUAUCGUUACAGAAUGGGCCAUCUCCCUUCACUUCAUAGCGCUUCUCAUGAUCCUGGUCACUUUCUCACUCACUCAGCUAUACCUAUUGAACGUCGGGUUGUCCCACCUUUCAACCUCCAUUCUCUACCCAUUCGUCUUUUCCAUCUACAAUUUGACUACCAUUCUAAAUAGCACCAUGUUCUAUCGCGACUCGUUGGUUCCCCAUACAGCGGAAAUCCUAUACCCAGGACUCGCGUUCGGAUUCCUGAUACUCACUCUAGGCGUGGCCACCAUCUCUAAACGCAUUUACAACUUCGAAGAAGCCCUCGUACCGGGCUCGAAGCAUGGCUUUUCUUCGCAUUCGCAUUCCCCUUCUGCAUCGUCUUCUUCCUCAACGGCCGCUGUACUAUCGUACGGUUCCCUCAACAGCACUAGACCAUUGUCACAAGAGUUAACUCAAGAACAGAGCACUUACACUUCAUUGGCGGUGUAA